CUAUACUGUGUAUUAUUCAUAUUAUGAUAAAGUGUUUCUUGUCGUGGCGGAGCAAUACAUGACCGUACUGUGUACCAGGCUUCUGUGAUUCAGAGUAGCCCUUGGCGUCACGUCGUGUAGUGUGCUCGGAAGAAGGGUAGUGGGUGCUACGCAAUGGCAGAUCAGCUAACAGAGGAACAGAUUGCAGAGUUCAAAGAGGCUUUCUCCCUCUUUGAUAAAGAUGGUGAUGGGACAAUCACCACAAAAGAACUCGGAACUGUGAUGCGCUCACUUGGUCAAAAUCCAACAGAAGCAGAAUUACAAGACAUGAUAAAUGAAGUUGAUGCAGAUGGAAAUGGUACUAUUGACUUCCCUGAAUUCCUCACAAUGAUGGCAAGAAAAAUGAAAGACACAGACAGUGAAGAGGAGAUAAGAGAAGCCUUCCGCGUAUUUGACAAGGAUGGUAAUGGUUUUAUUAGUGCUGCAGAGCUAAGGCACGUUAUGACAAAUUUGGGUGAAAAGCUGACUGAUGAAGAAGUUGACGAAAUGAUAAGGGAAGCUGAUAUUGAUGGUGAUGGACAAGUUAAUUAUGAAGAAUUCGUCACAAUGAUGACAUCAAAAUGAAGUGACAGUUCAAAGUUGACAGUGGUGGAGAAGAACGCUGAAACCAAGAAUUAAUGAACCUGCAUUUCUGCUUUCCAUUUAACACUUCUUGACAACACUUCUUGACAAGAGUAACUAAAGUGGAAAGAAGCUUGAAUCAGUUCAAUGUAUCUAAGUGGUUGUAUAAAAGAAUUAAUGAAUGAAAAUUUUUGUGUGUAGUUUUCUUUCAUGUAAUGUUUUAUCCCCAAUGUGCAGUUUGCAGUUUUAUUGAUCAUAUAUUCAAAAUUGUGUGUGCAUUUCAACUGGAUUCAUGCUGUGUAGUUCUUAAGUACUUAAUGCUACUUACAGAAACUCACCUAUUUGUCUUUCCUAUAAAGGUAACAACAAAGUGUUACAGAAAUCCUUUCAUGAAUGUUGGUCAUUUGUGUAUAUUUUUAAGUACUUUUCUAAACCCAGUGCUGCAGAAAAAAGUGCUGUGGUGAAGGGGUGGUUGUUCCAGCCUCUGACAUUCCUUCAGUAGCUUGUACAGAGUGUUUUGUGAUGUCCUACACUUCUGAAAUGUAAUAUGGAGCCAAUGAUAUCAGUGUAAUGGGCAGUUUCUCGCUUCACUGGACUUCCUUCACAGCAUCACUGCCUACUUCUGCUGCACUGAAUGUAAAAGACAAAAUUGAUCUGUUCCUUCAUGUGAGGUAUUGUCUGACAGUUAUUUCAUUCCUUUCCCAGUCUGAGAUUUUUCGUAUUGUUAGUAUAAACAAUGAGUAUGUGUUAAAUCUUUAAAGCUAUAAGAAUACAUAUUUGUAAAUUGUCUUCAAUAAAGAAUUUCAUUUAUUGUGUAUCAUGUAAAACUGUUAAUAGUUAAUAUAUCUUCAUUGGAUUCUUAACCUUCAUUCCUAGCUAUCUUGCAAAUUAGUUUGAAAAAUGUCAGAAUACAACAUGCUUGGCAGGCAGAACCUAGAUUCCUUCUGUCCUAUCUCAGAGCUAAAAGUGCAAUGUGUUGUAGAGAAGUUGUACAAUAAACUAUUACUUUUUGGCUGUGAA